UAAAAUGUUAAUAUAAAAUGUUGAUAAAAUGUUAUUUCUAAUAGUAAAAAAAAACUAUUUGAUUUCUUGGAAAUCAUCUCGCGACCCCUCCCCCUCAAUGUCUCACGACCCCCCAGAGGGUCGCGACCCCUACUUUUGGAACCACUGGUUUAAAUUACCUGCAAACCCACACCAGAUCACUGCCUCGAUGGACAGCAAAGCCUAAAAACUGUCCACCUCAAAAAGACCCGAGUAGUUAAUUUUUCUUUAACUUCCUGGAUGCCACAAAGACAUCUUGCUUCUUAUCAUUUGAUCUUUUUGCAAUGACUACAUGCUCUUAUACUCGUUAGUUUUCCGUACAGAAUAUCAUUAAGCUAUAUUAAGGGGUGGCCACGUUUUAAGUGAAGAGUUUUGCACCUACUGUAAACUACAACUCCCAUAAAUAUUAUCGAGGCGAGCGCACUCCUGUGUGUGAAAACAAGGACGGUCUCAUAGUGCGCUGGCUCGCGAAUCCUAUACGGUGCACUGUCUACUUUUGUUUUUCUUCUCUCUGGAUCUCGUUGUGUUGUUUAUUAUGACUUACUCUAAUUGAAUGCAGUAAAAAUGGAGGUCGUUCCUGCUAAACCUUACUUCUUCGGGGACAUCGGAUUCUGGGCUGAAAGAACAGAUGUCCACAAGGCGGCGGCGCAGGGCCAGGUGCCGGAGCUGCAGCGGCUGAUCCAGAGUGGGGCCUCUGUCAACAUGGUGGCGGUGGACUCCAUCACCCCGCUGCAUGAAGCCUGCAUACAAGGACAGGCACAGUGUGUGAGGCUGCUGCUGGACGCGGGCGCACAGGUGGACGCGCGGAACGUCGACGGCAGCACCCCGCUAUGCGACGCCUGUGCUGCAGGGAGCCUGGAGUGCGUCAAACUGCUGCUGGAACACGGUGCCACCAUCAACCCGGCCCUGACGUCUCGCACCACCUCGCCUCUACACGAGGCCUGCAUGGGCGGUGGGGCCUCAUUUCAGCUGCUGUCAAUGAGUGAUGAGACAGAGAAUGUUAAGAGUUUUGCAUUCCUUGUGAGCAACAUGAUGCCAACCCGGGUGUAUAUGCGAGGGUUAGGGUUAGGGUUAGGGUUAGGGUUAGGGUACACCUGCAUGUGCGUGUUCAGGGGUGAAAAUGCAACCUGUGCUGUUUGUCAUUAUUCUCCACUUCCAAGUUUGUUUAUAAUAAUAAUAAUAAUACAUUGUUCAUUAAUAAUCGGGCAUGCUUUAUGUUCAAAGGUUGUGAUGGGUGAGUAUAGUCUCCGUGGAAACGGCAUGUAUGGUCAGGGUGAGUUGGCGCUGAGGUCGGCUGACUCCCGCCCACCCGUGCGUGUGACCUCAGGUAACCCGGACUGCGUGCAGCUCCUCAUCACGGGGGGGGCUCACCUGGAGGCCUACGAGCUGUACUCCGGGACCCCGCUGCACGUGGCAUGUGCCAAUGAGCAGGUGGAGUGUGCCAAGGCUCUGCUCAAAGCGGGUGCCAAGGUCAACGCCGCCCGGCUCCAUGAGACGGCUCUGCACCACGCAGCCAGAGUGAAGAACGUGGAUCUGGUGGAGAUGCUGGUGGAGUUUGGGGGGAACCUUUAUGCCCGGGACAACCUGGACAAAAAGCCCAUCGACUACACCAAGCCCGGGUGCCCCACAGCCGCCUGCCUGCAAUUCUAUGAAAGCACACCCCUGAGUCUUCAGCAGUUGAGCAGGGUGUCUCUGAGGACAGCGCUGGGCACAAGGGCACUGGAAGCUGUGUCCAAGCUGAGCGUCCCCAGCAGAAUCAUUAAGUACCUCUCCUACUGCUGACCCACCACUCAGCUCAGCUCCACCAGCACAAAUUUAGCCACAUUAAGCUAUAACAUGCACUCAGAGGAUCACAAACCCACUAAGGGAGAGAGUGGGAGCAGGGGCUGGCAUCUAGGACUAGUAAGUGAAAAACAUCAAUCCCACAAUGCAACAUUCUUCCCAGAUUCUGUGCCCAAUGAACCUGCUGGCUCCCAGUCAGACACGAGUGGGAGGAGCAGAGUGCUUCCUGGCCAGAAUAGCACCCCACGGCAGCCGGGCACUAAGUGACAGAGUUUCACACCAGCACACCUGUUGCUAUGACAGAGGACCGCAGGACACUCUCAAAAUAAAAGGGUUUGUGGCAUGUCGCUCAGAGCGAAAUAGCACAGAUGCUCUCCAGAUACCCCUGCUGUCCUGGCUAAACCCCCUACACGGUCCUGUUCAUUUUUAUUUCACCUUGGAGGUGGAUCAGUGAGAAGAUGGUAAAAACUGAUGAGUCUGUCCCAUAACUGCCUCUGUGGUUACGCUGUUUGUUGUAUCCACUGAAUUUAAUUGUUUUAAAAUCUGUCAUUUUAACUGCUGUCGAGUCAAGUAAAUAUUUGCUAGAGGAAGUCAUUUUAGUUAUUUGGACAUUUUCCACAGUCCUCUGCUGGCAUGCCUUACUGAUCAAGGUCACACUGGUAAAUUAUUGAUAUAAUUAUCCAGCAAGCAGGCAUCUUAAUUCAAAACAGUUUAUCGGGGUCUCUUUACGGCAGGCAUUUCCUGUUUAGCAUUCAGCUGGGCACCAGCGGCCUUGCUGGUGCAGCUAACCUGGUCACCUUUCUCACGUCUCACCCUCACACGCACUUUUGGAGCACGACACGGCCUCCCGGUGUCGGCUGACAUCAACAUCGUGAGGCGAGAACAUCACUGGCAUGUGGAGAUGCUCGGUGUGGGGUAGUAUACAGUUUGGUGGGGGGGGGGUCUGUGCGGAGAGCAAGGAAGCUGGGGUCUAAUUACUCCCCAAAAUGGUUCUUUUAACAAAAAUGGGAUGCAUCGCUUGAUGUAAUUUAGUAAUAAAUUGUUUACGAGACAUGAGAAGGUCUGAAGUUUUGGCAAGGAAUUGUUGUUUUCCUAGAGCAGCCGCAUCCCAUUUUAAUCAGGGAAAGAGAUCCAGCAGGAGACCAGAACAAUGCAAGAGGUUCCUGUUCCUGUUCACCACCUGGUAAACGUAGCCUGGAGCCGGACUGGCCCUUCGACAGUGAAGCCCAGGAGACACUCAAGGACCACAGCCCCCACCUCACAGGCCACAGCCCCCACCUCACAGGCCACAGCAUCUUCUCCAGCACUAACCUACACCCCCAAAAUCACACACCCAGAGACAUCCCCCCAUAAAACUCAUUAUUACAAUAUCAGGCAAAAAACAACACAGAAAGACCCCCCCCCCCAAAAUACUACCCCACAGUUGUCUCUCAAAACAUCAGAUGCUCAGAUAGCACACUGCACCAUGUCCAUAAUAGUUAAGCCCCUUUAAAAUGAGACCCCACACAGAUCCCAGGCAUGCUAGUGUCAGGAUUCACAAUCACAGCCACAUCAACUUCAACAUACCGGUACCAGAAAACCCCACCUAUUGAGCCCCAAAAUUCCAGACCUAACAGCAUUAAGUCCCUCCUACUCACACAGAGCUCUUAAAACCCAAAUACCUCCAGUACAUCUACCAUCACACCCUGUUUAUCUAACAGCAGCUCCAUAGGUGAGAUGCCAAGAGAACCCAGGCCUACACCUCACCUUAAUAUAACACCAGGACUGUCCUCGUGAUCCGGUUUACUCUGUUCAAGCCCUUACACAAAUAUCCACAGUCACAGGCAGUAGGAACUGGGAGGGUGGAGGAUCGGGUACCCCCCAAUAUCAAACCAUUGGCCCCUGUCCUGGCAAAAAAUUAUAAGCGGUCUUAAUUUAUUAGAUUUUACUCUGUAUAAUUAUACUUGGUGCUUUUUGUACAUUUGCACUGUGCAAAAGUCAGUCAAAGAAAAUUAUGUUUGGUUGAUCUUCAUGUUGGUGUAAAACUUCUAUAUGUGUGUCUUCAAAGUGUGUCAGCUAAUUUAUUUCCAAACCUCUCCUAAAGACAUCCCACUCUUCACAGGAACCAUCCCAUAUAUGUUUAUAUUGGUUGACUCAUACCAUGUUUGGCUAAUUAAUACCUCAUCAAAUUAAGUUAAUUAAAAGUGAGAUGGUGCUGAAAUGGCUGAGGUGCCCCUGUGGAGCGGUUUGGGAACCAAAGUGGUGUUUGUCUAGCCGUCCAACCAGGUGUCUGUAACUUUUUGAAGAACAGAAGAAAUUCCUGUUAUUUUUUAUUCAUUGUUUGUAUUCUGAUUAAAUUGUGUUUUUCUCAGCAAACAUGCACUUCCUACCCAGAUAUUGUCUUAAACAUUUUCCUUGACUACCUAAGGCUUUUGCACAGCACUGUGUCAUAUAACAUAUUUAUAACAUGACCUAUGCUCUCUUACUUUUUAAAAUGUUAUAUUUUUUUUGGAAUCGCUGUUGAUCAAUGUGGUUUGUGUUCUGUACCACGAUUUUAUGCAUUUGGCAAAAAUAUUUAAACAAAAAAUGGACAUAACUGAAACAAUAGCAUGCAUGGCCUUCCGUGGUUGGGGCCGUCAAGUAAACACCACUUGGAAAUGCUGGUGAUGCUCUAUGGAAAGUGAAUAUACACAAAAUAAAAAAUUAGAAAUCA